UGUUGUACUGGUACAGGUCAGAGCAGAAGUCAACGUCAGUUAGCGUUAGCCAAAUUAGUUUAUGGUCUAGUGGAUCAACAAUAUAACAGCCAUGUGAGACAUUUAGAUAUAAUAAAAUAAAAGACACAGCAAGGAAAAACACGCAGAAUUCCUAAUAACGUUACUUAGCGAAAUCAAAAACUGAGCUUUAAUUUACAUCAAUAUACUUGGCUAAGUGUGUGUCUAACCUAUCGUUGUGCAUUUCAAAUGUUCUCGAAACGUUUUCUCAUCAUAAUACAUUACUAAUAUGUCUUACCUGUGUGAAAAUAUCAAUAGAAUAACCGUUAUUUCCUCUGAUGUAUGAUUGUUUUAAGAUUAAAGAUUAGCCUCACUAGCUAACUGUGUCCAUGUUCCACAAUCUUUAAUGAGAGGCAGCACCUUCCUUAGUUAGGCGCAUAUGAUUGGACGUCAUAACCGCCCAUCAAAUUGUUUUGAGUUGUGAUUGGAUCUCUGGGGCUUGAUGCUGGACAAGAGCGCAUCUUAUUGGCCAGGCGCUGUGCAUUGCUCAGGAGGGAGUCAGGAAGUUUGUCUCAGCUGGAAGGAACUGUGGCGAACUACCAAGGUUUGCAAGCGCUGAUCCUCAUGUCAAUGCAGUGAGAUACAGUGUAUGAGAUGCAAGCAGUGUUGCGCGUGGCAGUAGUGGUAGUCCCGAUGGGUGUGCUGCUGUCCCGGACCAUGGCGUGGAUGUCCAGCGGCAAAACACAUCCGGAGCUCAUCAGCAGGCUGAGGGAUCACGGGGUGAUCCACAGCGACAGAGUGUUUGAUGCCAUGUUGGCUACAGACAGAGGGCUCUACACUAUAGACUAUCCUUACGCAGACUCUCCUCAGACCAUAGGCUACAGGGCGACCAUCAGUGCACCACACAUGCAUGCUCAUGCUUUGGAGCUGUUAAGUGAUAAACUAUCAGAAGGAGCAUCGGCACUCGACGUGGGUUCAGGAAGUGGAUAUCUCACAGCCUGCUUUGCAAGGAUGAUAGGACCUGGUGGUAGAGUGGUUGGCAUUGAACACAUAGAUGAACUGCUUCAAAUGUCAAUAAAAAAUGUGCAAGCUGACGACCCAGAACUGCUCACCUCUGGACGCAUCAAACUUGUAGUGGGAGAUGGAAGGCUCGGCCACCCAGAUGGAGCGCCGUAUGAUGCCAUUCAUGUUGGUGCAGCUGCAGCUACUGUUCCUAAGGCUCUCUUGGAGCAGCUGAAGCCUGGGGGACGGUUGGUUCUCCCAGUGGGUCCGGACGGUGGAAGUCAGGUGCUAGAACAGUACGAUCGACAGAGCAAUGGGACCUUUCUCAAGAAAGCUUUGAUGGGUGUGGUUUACGUCCCGCUGACUGACAAGAGGCGUCAGUGGCCUGGGAGGUGGCGUUGGUGCUGCAUCUCCGGGGCCCCGUAACGCUCCUCUUGGUUUCACUGAGCUCCAGUCUUAAUGGCCACCUGCCCUGCUGGGUUGUCACCUAGCAACGAACAAGGAGGAUCUCGCUAUGUUUGCACGACCAGAUUGUCUUCAAAGAGGGAAAAAAACGUAAACGAGCGACUGAAUGAAUGACGACAGCUGGACUGAUGACUUUAAAUCGUCUGAGCCCGUUAGAGAGGGAUAAGGAUGUUGUGGAUGACAAAGAAAGGUUGUCUAGGAUCUAAGUGAUUCACAGUAUUAUUUAUGGGUAAGAAAAAUGCAAUAACCACUUAAGGAGCUAAAGUAUGUGUUCUUCUGGAGUCUUGUGGGAAAUUCAGAUAAGAGUAAAUGUGUGACUGUGUUUAAUCUCAUGGGAAGGCUUUGGCUAUGAAUGCAGUGACACAUAAAGACAAACUCGAGUACAAGCCAAGGACGUUCAAUGAAAAUUCAGCAAAUCGAAACAAAGUAAAACAUAUUUUGUGGUAAGAACUUAUUACUGGAUUUUUAUACUGUACGUUUAAGGUAUGUACUGUUUGACAAUGUUACUGUAGAGCAGAGGGGGCAUUGUGGCCAAAACAAAAUAUUAAUUGAGGCACUUAAUAAUUUUUUUUAACCUUACAAAUAUUGACUUGUUUGUAUACUUAUAAGAUUUAUUAAUAAAACCAACUCCACUGCAUA